GAUAACUUGAGUUUGAGUCAAACAAGCCUAAACAGCAAGAUGAGUGGAUGCUAGGCUUACUGUAGUGAUAAUAUUUUUCAAUUUCAACAAGGCCUUAGAACAUUUUCAAUCAGGCAAGCAUUACUUGCGUGCUCGGCCAGUAGACCUUCAAGUCGCUGAGAGAGCCACUCUGAAUUACUGGAAAACCCGCAUCUGCAACAAGAAGCUACCGGAAGUCAUUGCCAGUCCCGUUUCCUCAGUCCAUGAUGCAGUACCGCUGGGCCUAAUCGGGACCCCGCUGAUCGAUGGAGACGAGGAAGUGCUGUACUGUUUCCUGCCGAUGGAACAGAUCCGCCUGUACCCAGACCUGGUGACACCACACAACCUGCUCUGGCUGUGUGAUAAUGUGGCCAUCAUCGAGUGUGACAGCCCACUCUUCAGGUUCAUAGCUAAUUUCCUUCAGACGGGAAAGAUUGUGCUCCCGGAGCAGUUCAGUGAUUAUGAGAGGUUGAACACGGAGGCGAGAUCAUCUGGCAUGUUCCACUUCAUGAAAACUCUGCAGGAAUCACAUGAGGCUAGCUUCGAUGGUGACUGCCCUCCAGCAGCCCAUGCCAGUGAGCUGUCGACCCCUCAGCCACCCAAACCUCUGUACGAGAUGACCUUUGACCUCCUGGUGAGGUAUCAAGACUCCGCUCUGGGUCAGCUCUACGUGGACGGAGACCUGCCCGGCAACAAGCUGUACAUGUGUGGGAACGGGGUCGUCUUCCAGCACGUGGAGAACUGGCUGGGAACAAGCCGCCUGCCUCUCACAGAGAGUGGGCCUGAGCUCCAGGGGCUGUGUGAGUACCUGGACCAGCAGGAUGAGGCCUACCAGGCCUUCAAGGAGGCGCUGUGGGAGUUCCUACUCAGGAAGAAAACCCCAGGGGGGUCUUUUACGGCAUGGCCCUGGUCUGCCUCAGUGGCAACGUUCAGCGUUUAUAAAGUUAUUAAAGUUUAUGUUGGAACACACUGGUACGCCACUUACUUUAAAACCCUUUUAAAGUACCCAGAGCUGCUAUCCAACGUCAAGAAGACCAGCUGGAUCGUGUUCGGAGAGAGUCUUCUUGUUAAAGGAGACGGGCAAAUGUUCCGUCACAUACUCAACUUCCUGAGAUGCGGGCGGCUGUUGCUGCCCUCCGAGUUCAGGGAAUGGCAGCUGCUCCUCCAUGAGAUUGUGGAGUUCCAGAUUCCCUCGCUGAGUGGCGCUCUUGAGGACUGCACAGAUUACAGGGUCUGGACCCAGAGCAGAGAGACUUCACACAACAUGUCCUCCUCUUCAGCCAUGUCCUUGCUUGUCUAUGACGGAGAGCAACACUGCUUUGAGAGCAGGGAUCCGAGUUCAAUACAGUGGCAAAAUUCUGACAACUCCCAAGACCCUUUCAUCUCAGUGGAUGGGGACGUCUGUCUGUCUGAAGACCCAGAGGGUGCACAGAGGCCAAGACACCCCAUUCUAAACACAGCGGAGGGCAGCUACAUCACUACAGAAGUCACAGCUGGCUCAAGUCAACCUCCACCAGCUCUCCGUAGAACAGAUCCUGUUGACAGAUCUCUGCCCUCUGACAGACCCUGUCAGCCAACUUCAUCCGCCGCCAAUACCAAGAUCUCUGCAACGCGGACAAGCGUGUUCCAAAACAAAACACUCGACAACACAGAACUCCCGGCAACACAAAACCACAGCGACUCCACUCAAAUCUCUGUGGCUCUUUGGCAGAUGAUGAAAUCAAAACCAGCGGUUUGUGGGAAUCUGUCGUCAGUGAGUCAGGGCAGCGCGACAAAGAGGACACCAGAGGGCGUAGGACAGAUGUCGAACUCCCUCCGCAGAAUGAUCCAGAGAGGCAGAGAGGCGGGGAAUCUGUCCGCCCCUCUGCAGAAGCUGGUACACAUGGUGGAGAGUGUGUUUCAGACUGGCCCAAAAACAGAGCCUUGGGGAACGCCGUCUAGGCCAACCGCCAGAACCGGGACCACCCCAGAAGCUGCUUCCAGGGGCUCCACGUCUUUCUCCCUCCCCACAGACCCCCUCCCUGCCCUGGCCUCGGCCAGGCUGUCUGCCCUCACUGCCCUCUUCUCCAGACAGAGGCUCCCUAGGGGCCCCACGGCACAUACCCACCCCACACACACAGCUAAGACGGGGGAGCGAAGCAGAGCCAAUCCUUACAUCGUGACUCAGCCAAGUGGGGAAGGGAGUGGCUGGAACGGGCCUGCCCUGAGGAGCUGUGUGUUCCCGGUGAGGGGCUGUGUGUUCCCGGUGAGGGGCUGUGUGCUGCCUGUCCAGGGCUCUGUCGUCAGGGUGGACCACCCUGCUGUCCUGGGGAGAGGAGAACCAGGAGGCUGCUUCACCCAGAGUGUCAUCUACACUGCCAGCUCCAGUCUGUACACCGAAUAUCAAUCACACAAGGUGCAAGACGCAAGAGAAGAUGAUCAAAAUGUGGCCUUUGCGUGCUUCAGUCUGUCCUACGAGGAGAUGGUGUACGGACGGCAGUGCCACGCUUUUCUGACGGGGGUCAUCCUAGACUCCGUCAGGUUACAGGACUCCCAGGACAACACCGUGAAGAUAGCCAACCUGGUCUACGCCCUCUGGACCGGACAGACUGAGGUGGAGGACUUUGUCUCUGAGCUGAUGAGGAUCAUCUCACCUGGGAGACAGAAACAGAGAGAGCUGCUCCAGCGCUGGCUGAAGCUCACCCUGACCUUAGCCCAGCGCUACACGUCAUGUUUGGAGUUGCUGGGGAGACAACACUGCCACACCAGCGCUCUGUUCCCUGGGGAACGGACCGCUCGUGUGUCCCAGCUCACCGCAGCUGUUCCGUUCUCCAGCCCGUCUCAAAUGAACAGCUGA